AUGGCUGCCCCGCCGGGCCCGACUCUCGCCCUCGAGCAUGACCCCCUCAAGAUGACCAUCGCGCUGCUGCUGCUCGUCCUCGUCUUCUUUUGCUUCCGCGGCUGCGCUCGCUCCGAGGCGUGCGAGGGGGUGCUGCCUUUGAUCAUGCUCAUGCCGGGCGCGGUGGCGGGCGCGUGGCUGCUGGCGCUAGUCACGGCCACCUUGGUGGACCUCGGGCUUCCUUCCUGGCUCGACUCGCUGCUGCAGCCGGGCGUCGGGAAUGGCGUCUUCAUCACGCUGAAGGCCUCGCUGGUUCUCCUCAUCUGCGUGCUCCUCGUCAUGUGCUGCUACAUCGACGACCCGGACGUCGCGUUCCAUCUCAAGGUCUUCACGAGCAUGGCGGUAAUUCUGCUGGCCAUCGUCGUCUGGUUCAUCAACGAGUUCGGCGCGCAGCUUCGCAGCGGAGGGAACGUGGGCAACACGAAGAGAGACUAGCGCAAUCCACGUGCAGGUGAUGCCGUCAGAGUUCCCUUGUCUGUUGUCACGCAUAUACGUCGAGGACGCAUCUGUCCGUCUCUCUGUGUUCAUACGUUGUACUAAUAUUUUUCACACGUU